AUGGAGAAAACGAACCGUUUCAUGGAGCUGUUCCGCUAUCUCCAAGACCCCCACCUUGUCUCCCGCUUUCAGCAAAUGUGUGGGGUCCGCGAGAUGUUUUCGAGGACCGUCUGUGCUGCUAGUCCUUCCAACACUAACGGGAGCAGCAAGGAGGCGGACCGGACUUGCUCGCACAAUAACGGGGCUUGUCAUCAUCACAUCACCGGGGAAAAUGAAAAUGAAAACUUGGCCGCCAUUGGAGCUGAAGAAGGGGAUGAAGUACUAAUGACAGCAGUGGGGGUUCGGAAGAGGAUUGCCGAGUCUAACACUGUGAAAACCCAGCGGGAGGGAAGUGGAGAUUCAACCCUGAACGGGGCAGUGGUGGCCGCCGUGAACCGCGGCGGGGAAAAGGCCGGAGGGCGCAGACUCCCUGGGGCUGCAGCCACGGGUCAGGCCGGUCGUGGCGAUGCCGGUCCGGACCUUUCAGGGCGAACGGAGUCGGAGGAGAGGGAACCAGAAAAGGGCUGUGAAGUCCCGGGUGCUCCACAGAUCGGUACGGUAAAACCCCUCCGCAAAAACUCGCUCACCGGCGACGUCGGGCAGGAGUUUCUGAUCGAGAACCGGUUCUUGUACUACCUCUUCACUUUAGGGACCGAACUGGGCAACGAGUUCUUCUACAUCACCUUCUUCCCAUUCGUUAUAUGGAACGUGGACGCCUUCAUAGGCAGGAGGCUGAUCAUGGUCUGGGUCUGGGUCAUGUAUCUCGGACAGUGCACCAAGGACGUGAUCGGCUGGUCCCGGCUGGUCAAAGUGGAGGUGUUCUACAACUCGGAGUAUAGCAUGCCGUCCACUCACGCCAUGUCGGGCACGGCCAUCCCCUUCUCCCUGUUCUUCAUGACCUACGGCCGGUGGGAGUACCCGUUUGCGCUCGGCUUCGCCCUGGCUCUCUGCUGGUGUCUGCUGGUCUGUGCUAGCCGAAUCUACAUGGGAAUGCACUCGGUCCUGGACGUCAUGGCCGGCGUCCUGUACAGUGUCCUCAUCCUGCUCCUCUUCCUGCCGGCAUUGAACCUGAUCGACAGCUUCAACCUGACCUGCCGCUACGCCCCGCUCAUCAUCAUCUCCCUCCAUCUGGGCCUGGGUCUCUUCUCCUUCACUCUUGACACCUGGAGCACCUCACGGGGCGACACUGCUCAGAUCCUGGGAACCGGUGCCGGCGUGGCCCUGGCAUCACACGUCAACUAUUACUUGGGUCUUUUGCCCGACCCGACACCAGACCAGCUCCCGUUCGCUAUGCCCACCCUCAACACGAGUCUGGUAGGCAUGGCCACACUGCGGUUCGUCCUGGGUAUUCUGGUGCUGGUGGCCACGCGGGCGCUGAUGAAGGCCCUGACCAUCCCACUGGUGUGCUGGGUGUUCAGGGUGUCCAGCGUGGACGUGAGGAAGGCGAGGCAACACAUGGAGGUGGAGCUGCCCUACCGCUACAUCGUCUAUGGGACAGUGGGCUUCACCGUGCUCUUCCUGGUCCCGCUGCUCUUCAGCUACAUUUGGCUCUCUUGAUUGGAUGUGAGUUCACUGGCCACACGGUUGGUUGGUGACCCUCCACAUGUUCACCUGAUGCUCUUAUCAGAGCUGCUUUGAUGGCUGGAGGCAGCUGGUCUGGGGCUGAUCAAGGUGAAUUAGAGGCUAAACACUGAUCUGCAUGCUGACCUUUUAUCAUUUUAGUUUUGUCUCCCGUUUGCUCGGAGUAGCGGUCGGGGUUGAUGAACCAGGAGCCGCUGACUGUUCCUAACAGACUGUCCAGAAGGAAGGGAUUAGGCCUCAACUGGAAUCGCUUCUGCCUGAAGCGAGUGAUAUCUCUCUGUCUGUUCUGUUCUGUAGAUUUAAACCAGUUGGCUCCAGCUGAUCCCAGAAGACGCUGCUGUGGUCUCACUGUGUCGGAGCUGAACGCCCUCUCCUCCUCUGCCAGCUUCAUAAAAGCAAAACACCUCUAAACCAGAGUGGCCUCUGGAAGACUCAAAAUGCCACUGAUUGCUGAUGAUAGAUGAGAUGCGUCCUAGUAUUUACAUUUUUAUUAAUGCUGUUAUUAUCGAGUUAGGGCAAAGAACCAUACACAUAAGAAAACAAAAAUGUUUCUGGCAUCUAAGGGCAACAUGCCAAAGCUGUGUCCAGUCAGAGGAACCUAUGCAUUUGAGGGCAAACGACUGCACAGGAUGUUGUAAGAUGUUCUCGUUGUUUUUCACCAGAUGAAUGGUGUUGAAUUACUCCUUGGACUUUACAUUUUGUGUGGUAUAACAGUUAUUUUCAUCUGUUAAUCUGCCUGUUUUGGUCUUUUUCAACAAAUCUCUGUCUGUAAAAUGUCAGAAAAUGUCUGAUUUAAUUCGACUGACAGUUGAAAACCCAAAGAUGUUCAGUUACAAUGAUGUAAAACUCCACUGGAGUUUUCAAGUAAAAAAAUGAGGCUUAAUUGAUUCUCAGAAUCAGAAUCUCAAGUUCAAAGUUCAAACGUUGUGUGCUUCUUUGUUUGAAAGCUUAUUACUAAUCAAUCUUUGUUUUUUUCUCACCUUUGUCUCGGCUGUUAAAGCAGUAAGUCCCCUAUGAUUCUAUAGUUCCUUAUUCCAGUAUGGAGUUUCUUCUUCUGCAGACAGUUCUCUCUGACCUUUGACCCCCUGUGGAGUGGACAUCCUUGUGGUUGAAGUCUGUUUGCUGUCUAACUGAAAACGGUGUGACCACAUGUGUACAGUGUUUUCCUAAAGGGCUCCUUCCACUCUGUUUGCUUUGUUUACUGCCUCUGUGUUUGAUUGGCUGCUUUCCCUGUGGGCUAAUGGGAGAACAGCAACACCAGGCACAUACCGAGUGAUCCACAAGGAAGAAAGGAAGUGUCCCAGUGUUUGGGACAUGUACAGUGAGAUUAUUAAUAGUUUCUUUUCGUAAGGACAAUGAGAAUCUGUCUUGUUGGCUCAGCUUUUGUUUUAACAAAGGUCAACUGGCACUCGUUCACUGCCUGUACAGAGGAGAGUUUCGUCUCCCCCAUGUCAGGAGGGAGGAGGUGUGGAUUUCUGAUGGUCAGCAUGGGGGGGCAAAUAUAUAUUAGAAUUAUAGCUGCCUAGAUUUCUCACUGGAGAAAAACCAAGAUUGUAAGUGUAUUGGGGCCUUAAUUGUUUAUAUCUGGAAAAAGGAAUAACACUGACAACAAAGUCAUAAUUUCUGUGGUAAAGUUAUAAUAUUUCAAGACUGAACUUGAAAAUGUGCUCAGAAUGUUAAACAAGUAAUAGUUCUACUGACGUUUUCUUGUGCCUUUGCAUUUUUCUUGACUGUGGGUGAGUUUUUUUAGGUGGAUUACAUCAGCAACACGCCGCUACUGUUGCUGUGAGUAGGCUGAAAAGAAGAGUGUGACUGAAGCCAAACGGGGCGUCCUCUUAGAUUCAUGGCCCUCGUGAGCCUCAUUUGAAACCCAUAUCACUCAAAAUUUGCAUUAGGUUUGUUCUUCCUGCUCUUCACAUAAAGGAACAUGUGAACAUCUGGUCAAGUGGUGCGAAUCAGAGGAUCAUCAUCUCUCUGCAGUGACGCAGCACAGUCUGGUCUGUGUGAUAUAUUUUCAUCCCAAACCUGAAAAGGAUUUCCACGUUCACACCGAGUCACCAGCUGACCUUCUCUAACGGGGCCAUGCUGAAUAGUCGUUAUUGGAACUCGGCCCAAUCAGUCAGAAAAAUGUUAAUGUAAUGUGAUACGGUGAAGUUGCUGUCCCAGUUCAGAAAGAGAUUAGGUGUUUUUCUACCUGCGUCUUAUUAUUGUAACCAGUCGGGCUGUGGGUCAGGCUAACUUUGCACUCACCAUCUCCUUUGAUACUUUAUGAACAUGAUUUCAAGCCAACAAACGGCACACACCUUCUCCAAAUCUCAUUUCAAACAUGUGUCUGUAGCAAAAUACAGAACGUAGCUACUGGAUUAAGUUUUCACUCAGGCUAAAAAGUACCAGAAUGUCAAAUAUGGCUGUGAAAGCUCAUUCCCGACUUUGUCAAAAUAAACUCCUGACACAGAGUCCAGUAAACGGUAUCUUUUUGCUCAGUCUGCACUGAUGAAGACCAGAGCAUGCUGGUAAAAGUUGGGUCUGACCAGUACAUGACACUGAGAAACAAAAGAAUCCAUUAAGGGAUUUUAAAGACCAGUAAAUGUGGUGAGCUGGACAUUUAAUGGUUGAUGCUCUGUGGUGGACAAACUGUUUCUGGACAGUCUCAAACAACUGGCUUUUCUGUGCUUAUGUUUUGUUAUGUCUACUCAUCAGUCCACAUGUUCGGUGAUGAUCUGCAGGAACCUGUAAUCUCCCAGUACUGGGCUCCAGUUGAAAGAGCAGGAGACACAUCUAGUCAGUGGAGCCUGUGUUACGAUUUGGUUCAAAACUAAGAGAUGUUUUGAUCAUUUGUAAUCAGCUAAAGCCCAGAUUAUCUUGUUAAAAUACUUGUUAGUGAAAAGAAGUAGAAUUUGUCUUCCUGUUUCUGUAACUGGUGAAAAGUUUUCUGUAAUGAAAGAAAAGUCCAGUUUAAAUUUUACACUGUUCAGAAACUUGACAUGUCUCAAACGUCUCACUGUCCAGAUGCUCCUUCACCUGCUUCAUGUUUAACCCUGCAUUGAUCGCCUGCAGCAGUCAUGGGUGAAGUGUGUUGCUCAUGGGCACAGCGGGCGCAGCAUUCAGACGCUGCUGCCCCCUGCUGGCGAACAAACAGUGUAAAUCUGCCUCAGAGAAGGCAGCAGACUUGUUGUAAACAGUACUGUCCUUAUAUGAAUGCACUGCCCCAAAGCCGGCCACAAAGGCCCUCGGUGUGCUAAAUGUUGAUCUGAGGUCAGACUAACUCGAAGAGAUCAAUGAGGUGAUUAGAAAAGAGCAGAAAACUGCUGCAGUAUCAUUUUCUGUUGAUCAGUUAAUCUGCUCUACGAACAGAUUUCACCAAGUUCAACAUCCACAGCUCCACAUGGGCUCUGUUUUCUACACCAGUUGAGUCUUUUGGCCGACUUGCUCAAAUUUGACCAGACUUGGAAAAUAAGACAAGAUGAUCCAAAUGGAGCAGCUUCAGCUGAGUUCGUCUGCUGCCCAGCUUGUUUCACAUCCUGUGGCCUUGACUCGUGCGCAAAUGUUUGUUUGUUGCCGUGUGUUUUUGUCUGCAUGUGGUUUCCUCUGUUGAACAGGAAGUUUUUCCCUGUUGUCUUUUGUUUUUGUUUGAUCAACAAAACAGUGAACCUCUGUUAAUCCUGUGGGGUGGGGUGGGGGGUGCAAACGGUCCAGGAAUGUCACUGGUGACUGAGCACGUUUCAAUACGUUCUCAGUAAAUCUGAGCGCUUUUCCAUUAUGCACAGGUUUAAAAGGUUAACGCCUGCAAAAUACUGACAGAAAACUAUUUUGAGCUCCAUCUUAAUUUGCCCACUUCCUCUGCAGACGGAUGGAUCAGGGAAAUCAGAUUAAACCAAACGUCUAACCAGGUUAACCUGUGUGUGUGUGUGUGUGUGUGUGUGUGUUUUAGACUGCGCAUAAGAAAAUGUAUUGGAAAUUCUUAUUUCAUCUCAUGUUGUUGAGCUGAAACCAGAUAAAAAUCACAACAAACUGUAACAGCACAUCUAAAUACAACAUUUCACAGUUGUUAGGUUUAAUAUUUUCUAAUUGGGUGAAAAUGUAGGAGUAUAACAGAUUUUGUUUUACAGUCCUAAAUUACUUUUUGUGCUUUUUUUUUUGUUACAAUACCAACAGUCAUCUCAAAUUUUAUAAUUUCAUAUUGUGUUGUUUGGAUGAAUCCCUGCAAAAACGGACUGUGGUACAAUUCCAGAAUUUGUUAAAUGUUCUUAUAAUCCCAUAUUUCAUUAUUUUGUAAUUAAUAAAUUCUGUAAUUUAGGAUUAUAGGAAAUUACACUUUUAAUUUAUUCAUUUAUCUUUAUUGUUUGUUAAAUUUUAUGUUACAAUUCCCAGAUGUUUUGUUAGAAUCAAAACUUUUAUAAAUUUCCAAAAUAGUCUGUCAUACACAAGUUUUUUUCUGAUUAAAUAGAAUUCCAAACUUUGUCAUAAUCCUAAAUUUUAAUCAUUGUGUUUCAUUAUUGGUUACAAAACAUGAAAAUACGUUAUAGUACAUACUGUCGGUCCUGCUAUCCCAGAGGUUUUUAUUGAUUUUUGUUUUUUUAAUAAAUACUCUUAUUUUGUUUAAUUCCCAAUUUCUCACUGUAGUUAAUCAUUUUUAACCCCUCUUACGCCCACAUGAUGUGCUCAGCUCAUGAGCUUUAUUAGUGAGUACAUGAUCUUUUUUAGCAAUAACAACCUGAACACAGGAACCUUUAAAACGUUCAGAUCAUCGGCUCCUCUGGGGCCCCUGUUGGCUCCUCUGGGGCCCCUGUUGGCCCAGGGGCCGGCUCUGCUCUCUGCUAAACAAUAUGAGUGUCUGUGUGUCUUUUGAGGCAUUUCUUCUUCUUUGAACACAGAAUCUCAGAGAAAUGACUGUAUAUAAAAUCCUUUGUGACCAAAUCAGCGGUGGUUGAACUGUGUAGCUGUGUUAGCUAAACUCUGCUCCUCGCGCCUCCUCAGUGCCUUAGUCUGUCCUGUUGUGUUGCCUUUUGCACUUUAUAAUGACAUACAUUUUUCUUGUGGGGAGGGACAAUGAAAAUAAGUGACUGAAAUUGUAAAAAUAAAUAAAUACCUUUAGGUUUCAUAUAAGUUACAAUCAGCUUUUAGUUUCCCACAGUGUUGCUUGUUGUAACCACCUUCACUCACAUUAACAAAUAAGUCACUGUAAUUUCAUUUGAGCUUUUGGUCAUAUUUUCAUUCACUGACUGUGCAUGAGUAAAAUAUAUGUAAAUGAGCCACUAAGCUUGGUCUGUUUGUCCAAACCCAAAUAAAUCUGAUUCAUCUGUGUGAUUUCAGAAGGAAAAUGUUUGAAUGGGCUCCAUCCCACAAUUCUACAGAUCCAUUUCAGGAAACCAGCGUUUCAAACACUCGCCUUAUUUUUUAGGUUCAGAUCUUCAUUUACAUUACUAUCAGUAAUUGUUUUGUUAGAAACUGGAGUCAGAUUUUUCACGUUUUCAUCAUUAAAACCAGUUUCCAUUCCACUCAUGUCAUGAUCUGACUGUGAACUUUAAUGCAGUUUACUUUUUUUUGCUGAUUUUAUUGUUGGAUUUAAUUUCAUAUUCACAGUGAGGCUGUGUUUCCACCUGGCUUGUAUGAAAAUAGCUG